CUGGCGGGCUGACUUUUUAUCAGCCGCUAUAAGAGCUCCCAAGGGCGGGGUGACGACGCGGCGACACUACCCACCCACUACCUACACCCACCCACACACCAUGGCGCUGCGUAACGACUUUCUCUGGGGCUUCGCGACGGCCGCGGCGCAGAUCGAGGGCGGCGGCGAGGAGCAGGAGCGCGCCGCGGGCAAGGGCUUGUCGAUCUGGGACUGGUUCUGCGAGAAGCCCGGCGUGAUCAGGGACGGCGCAAAGGUUAACAAGACGUGCGACUUUUACAGCCGGUGGCGCGAGGACCUUGCGCUCAUGGCGUCGCUCGGUGUCAACUCGUACCGCUUCUCCAUCUCGUGGCCGCGCGUGAUCCCGCUCGGCGGCGCCGACGACGCGGUGUGCGAGCAGGGCCUGCAGUUCUACGACGACGUGAUCAACGAGUGCCUCCGGCUGGGCAUCACGCCGUUCGUCACCCUGUACCACUGGGACCUGCCGCUCGAGCUGCACAAGCGCUACGGCGGCCUGCUGAACAAGGAGCGCUUCAUCCCCGACUACCUGCGGUACGCGCGCCUCUGCUUUGAGCGGUACGGCGACCGCGUCAAGCACUGGCUCACGUUCAACGAGCCGUGGGUUGUCGCGAUCCACGGGUUCCACAACGGCGUCAUGGCCCCCGGCCACAAGAGCAACACCGAGCCAUGGGUCGCCGGCCACACGAUCCUCGUCGCGCACGCGCACGCCGCCAAGACCUACCAGCGCGAGUACCAGCCCUCGCAGCACGGCACGAUCGGCAUCACGCUCAACGGCGACUGGGCCGAGCCGUGGGACCAGAGCCCGGAGAACGUCAAGGCGGCGCAGGACAAGACCGACGUCGCGAUCGGGUGGUUCGCCGACCCCGUCUACCUCGGCAAGUACCCCGACAGCAUGCGCGCCAUGCUCCAGGACCGCCUGCCCGAGUUUACUGCCGAGGAGCUCGAGCUGCUCAAGGACUCGUCCGAGUUCUACGGCAUGAACUUUUACACGGCCAACACGGUCAAGGCGGGCGGCGACGACGAGAGCCAGGGCAACACGAUCAUGCUCUUCACGCGCCCGGACGGCUCCGAGAUCGGGCCCCAGAGCGACCUCGACUGGCUGCGCGAUGUCCCCUGGGGAUUCCGCAACAUGCUCAACUACCUCUACAAGCGCUACGGCAAGCCCAUCUACGUGACCGAGAACGGCUACGCCGUGCGCGGCGAGAGCAGCAUGUCCGCCGAGCAGGCGAUUCGCGACACCGACAGGGUCAACUACUACAACGGUUACCUCGGUGCCCUCCGCGCCGCGGUCGAGGAGGACGGCGUCGACGUCCGCUCGUACUAUGCCUGGUCGUUCAUCGACAACUUUGAGUGGGCGUCGGGCCUCAUCCCCCGCUUCGGCUCGGUGCGCGUCGACUACGACACGUUUGAGCGCACGCCAAAGGACUCGGCGUACGUCGUCUCCGAGUUCUUCAAGAGCCAGGUGGCUACCGGCAAGCACAAGCACUUGAACGGCGCUUAAAGGGCAUGAGAGUGGGACAGACAGCGCGACGCAGAUUGCAUUUUCUUCAUUACAGCAGGGUAGACGGUAGCAACAGCAGCAUAUGUAACACUUGAACUUGGACA